CUAAAACACUGCCCCACACAGUGAUAUAUAUAAUGAUUUAAAUCUUAGCGUUAACAUUGUAGGUGUGUGUUUUUGAAGUGUCCUAACAGAGAGGUACAACAUUCAUCCACAACCUUCUAAAGGAUAUCAAGCUACUACUAAAGAAGUACUCGAGUGGGACAACUUGUAAGGUGUCAGGAAGCAUAACGUUGAAGUCUAGCCUGUAUGUCUAUUUAAAGAGUCUGGGUCACAUUUCUCUGACAUGUUAGCUCGGGUGAAGGAUUUUUUUUUUUCCUUCCUUCUCCAUGAUUAAUGAUUAAAUAGCUAUUCACUGUAGUGGGCUUUACUGUAUCUGUAAAAACGAACAAAACAAAGACGGAAAUUUUGAUAUUUAUGCCAUGUUUAAUGUUUAGACCAACAUUAAACUAUUUUGAACAUCUGAAUUGUGCUGUUCAUUCCCCCCCCCCGCUACACACUGCCAGGGAAACAGGGCGCGUGAGACGCUGAUGAACCGAGCUUCAGACUCUCUGCAGCUUCGUCCAAUCAGAUCUCUCUCCCGGUUUAAAACGCCAACGAGGUUUGCGCGUGCGCACAGCGCCCUCUCGCGGCCACGCGCCCACUUCAAUGGCGUCCUUUUACUACGCUUUUUUUUUUUUUUUUUUUUUUUUUUUUUUUUGACGGGGAUUUCCUGAGGAAGUCGGAGCGAGGGGCUUUCCAGUUAGUCGAAUUGAAAUCAACAUAGCACAAGGCUUCAACGCUGGUGGAUUUUUUCGCUUCUCCUCGAGCCGAAUUACGCACUUUUUUCCCCCCUCUCUCCAAACUGGACAUCCGACCAUGAGAAGGGUCGGUGUGUCUGCGGCCGCUGCCUGUGUGAGAACCCGCGAGAACGGAUUCCUCUGAACGGUAGAGACGUCCGCGGUCUCUGGGAGCGUUCAUGAAGUGGACAAGCCGCCGAGGCUCCGGCUCUUACAUUGUUCCGAGGCAGAAAACAGUGCUGCAGUGUCGGACGACGUCCAUAACUGAUUCAUGUCAUGUCCUUGCCGCGCCGCGUGGACGGGCGGGAGCAGCAGAUUCCUCUGCAGCAGCAGCAGUCCUUCCUCCCGCUGCGUGGUGGUUUUCAGGACCACUUCGUCAUGCCUCCCGAGCCCAAGUAUUGCUGCGAGUACUGUCGCAUGGUGUUGUGUAAUCCUCGGCAGACUGAGUGUGGACACCGCUUCUGCGAGAGCUGCAUUCCCCAGCUGCUUAGUAAACCGAAUCCGGUGUGCCCAGCUGAUAUGGAGCCAUUAUCUCAAGAGAAAAUAUUUCGCGAUGUUUGCUGCCAUAGAGAGAUUAUGACGUUGAAAGUCUACUGCCGCAGUGCGAAAAACGGAUGUAAAGAACAAAUGAGUUUACAGCAGGUUAUGGACCAUUUGAACAUGUGUGAGUACUUUGAGGUGCCCUGUCCAUUGUGUAAAGAGAAGAUAAUGAGGAAGGACAUGCCUGAACACUUGAACCACAAAUGCAAAUACCGUGAGGCCACCUGCGAAUUCUGCAAACACAAAAUGGCCUUAACGGAUCUAAAGAAACACAAAGAAACAGUUUGUCCUGCAUUUCCAGUAGCAUGCCCUAAUCAUUGUUCAUUUUCAUCCAUUGUAAGAAGUGAGCUGUCCAUUCACCAGCAAGACUGUCCAAAGGCUCAAGUCACGUGCUCCUUCUUUCGUUUUGGCUGCACCUACAAGGGUCUGAACCAGGAAAUGAGGGAGCACGAGUCAAGCUUUGCCGCAGAACACUUGCGAAUGAUGGUGGCCAGAAGCAGUACACUAGAGGCCAAGGUGGAGGAUGUCAAAAAUGAGCUGUUGGAACGCUACAAGGUUCUCCCGAGUCUGAGCAGUCGUCUUACAGAAGUGGAGGAGCAGUAUAAGGACAUGAGGGAGAAAUACCGACAAAUGGAGCAGAAACUGUCCAGCACGCAGAAGCUACUGAGCACGCACUCCGAGAAGCUGCUGGAGGUGGAGAUCGAGUUGAGGGAACUGCGGCCGCUGAGGUCCAUGCGUGAUGAAGUGGAGGCUCUGAGGGACGCCGUGGAGAGCAUGCGCUCUGUGGUAGCAUCACUCGACUCUGUCCGCACCGGUUCUGGUUCCCACUCGAUGACCUCAUUAGAGACCCAGAUGUCGCGGCAUGACGAGCUGCUCAGCGUGCAUGACAUUCGUUUGGCUGACAUGGACCUUAAGCUGCAGGUGCUGGAGACGGCCAGCUUCAACGGAACUCUUAUUUGGAAGAUUCGUGACUACAGACGGCGCAAGCAAGAGGCAGUGGCUUCUAAAACAUUGUCGCUUUACAGCCAGCCCUUCUACACGGGCUAUUUUGGCUACAAGAUGUGCGCACGCGUUUACCUGAAUGGUGACGGCAUGGGAAAGGGCACGCACCUGUCGCUCUUCUUCGUAGUGAUGCGUGGUGAGUAUGAUGCUCUGCUGCCGUGGCCUUUCCGCCAAAAAGUGACACUCAUGCUGAUGGACCAGGGUCCUACACGCAAGCACCUGGGUGACGCCUUCAAGCCUGACCCAAACAGCAGCAGCUUCCGGCGGCCCACGGGGGAGAUGAACAUUGCCUCGGGCUGUCCACUCUUUGUCGCCCAGACCGUGCUGGAGAACGGCACCUACAUUAAAGAUGACACCAUCUUCAUCAAAGUCACAGUGGACACCUCAGACCUGCCUGACCCAUGACACCUGGACAAUUAUCCCAUUGAUUUUUCUAUCAUGCCAGAGGGCCCGGUGCUCAUCAUGGAUGUUACGAGAUCACAGGAUUGGGAAAAACAGAGCAGGAACCGAUGAGGAGAAUCAACCAAACACGAGAGUGUGCCGAGAGUCUCAGGCUGGUUCUCCUGAGACGGUGUAGGCACAGUUUCUUGAGAGACAGAUUGUGCUCUCCUUUGGAUCAUGACCAGGGUAGGGGAGGUCUCAGAUAGCCACAGUGUUCAAGAUGGAGCAGAAAGAGCGAAGGGGUUUCACCUCAAAGCAAACGAAAGUAUAUAAUUGUCUGUGAUGGUAAAGGUGCCAACAUGCAGCACUGCCUUUCAGCCAGAGAAAAGUAAGAGGGACCUAUUUGUUCUCUGUAACCUACAUGUUACCCUUUUUAGGAUAUUAGCUUAAAAAGAAAUAAAUAUUUCACUAAAAAUUUUUUUUUUUUCUUCUAAAUAAAUAAUUAAAUCCGACAAAUUUAAUGAGUGGGCCUCAUUUAUCAAUCUUUUAGUAAAGUAAUGUGUAAAUGUUUUCAUAAGCCAAAACAAAACUAAAAAUUCCUGUAAGAUUAUUUUUGCUAAAUACUUUUCUUCAUACUCCAGCGUGUUUGUUUAUAAAUGCCAGUCCACUGUUUUGCAUUUAGUGAUGCCCACAAAAAAAAUGAAAGGGCUGAAAAUAACUAAAUGAUGAAAGAGUAGUUAGUAGUUAAUUAGUAGAGAUGCACCGAUCCUAAAUUUCUUAGCCGAUACCGGUACCCGAUUAUUCCGAGUGAUAUCGGCCAAUACCGAUAGUUCUGCCUUUUAUACCUUCUUAUAAAAUAAUAAUAAUUAAAUCCACAAUUCUGAAGGAAAUGCAUAUAAAAACUUUAUUCUCUCCAUUUCAACAAGUUGUUUCACAGUAACUGGUCUCAUAAACAGAAAACACAUUACUCAAAUUAACAUUAACACAUGAACUCAAUUCUGAAGAUUAAAGUAAGAUUUCUGAACUUAUUGAAUGUUAUUAAUUCAUAAUAACAUUUACUGAAUUCUAAAAAACCUCCUGUUAGUCUCACAUUCACUCACUACAAACAAAAGCAUUUCUACUUCAUUAACAUCAAACUGGUAAUAUAUAAUAUCAACUUUUUCAUAUAUUAACAUUAAUUGAAUAUGAAAUAUACUACUCCUACAAAUAUAUUUUUCUGUGCCAUAUAUACUUUUUUUCUCAACUCAUCUUCAUUUCAAUCUUUCAACAGUGUACUGGCGCUUUAAUUCAGCCUGAGCAGUGCGGCAAAAAAAAAAAAAAAUUGACUCAACGCGAAACUCCUGCUUCACUGCUGCAGCGUACGGUUUUAGCAGUGCAGAGAUUACAAACUGCAGUUUUGUCAUCAUUCCACACAAGAGACAUCAUCUUUACUCACAGCACCAAAUCGAUGUGUUUUCCCACCCUCUUUUGAUUGACAGGAUAUAAUCGGCCCUGAUCAUCGGAUGUUUUUAAACUAUUGGACGAUGCCCAUAGCGUGAAAAAUUACCUUUACAAUAAUAAUCAGUAAUCUGUAUCGGCCGAUACAUCGGUGCAUCUCUACUCCCAAGUGAAAAGUGUGCUAAAACUUCCUGUACCGCAGUUCUGCCAUUGCAAUACUUUAGCUACCAUAGACACACACUAACUCUUUCUCCCUUUAUAGGGUGCUAUUUCUUUUCUCCUAACUGAACGGCUAGUGUUAUUCGUCUUAAUUUACGGAUUGUUUUGGAUCGCUUUCUUUCAAGUCAUUAAUAUGAAGCGCGUUUCAACACUUUUCAUUAAAUUUGUGUGUAAUUGAAAUUGAUUCAUAUAUUUACGCAAUUUUAAACUCGACCAUGUGAUCUGUAUAUAGUAUCUCAGUAACUCAUCAAAUGAUUGGCUUCUAAUCGUAUAAUUGGCGAUAAUAAUUCACCCUAUUGAGUCCUUAUAUGUAAAUUUAAACGAACUCUGGAGCUUUCGUAGGAUCCUUUUUUUUUUUUUUUUCUUCACUAACUGGAUUUUCCUGAAUAGCACAUUUAUGAUGUAAAUGUUCCUAUGAACAAUUUUAUGAAUAGAUUUGUUCGUAUCCAGCUUGAUAAAUGAGGCCCAGUUUCUGUAUUACAGGCUGUUGAUCUGGCAGUUCAGCUUUUAUAUUCAGCGAAAUAAAGAUACUGUAUAUUCCACUGUAUUCAGUGAUGUUUGGUGUUUUCGUUAAAAAAAAAACAAAAAACCAACUUGUCAGUAUCACGUGUCGAAGCAUUCGUAUAGCGAAGAACAAUGUAUAGAAUGUGUUUUGUGCGUAUGCUGGUAGAACUUUCUUUAUUGGUUCACUGGUAAUGGACCUGCACUGUAAAGCAUGAAGAUGAAAGGGAUCCACAAAACACAUUGGGCUAAAAGUAAAUAAAUAAAUAUAACUAAAAAAUAAAAUAAAAAAUGAUGCAUGUAAAACCAACAUAUCGGAGUUUAAUCUUCAGAAUGUGUUUACUAUUCUGACACAUUAUUUUUUGUAAUGUUAAAUAUUGAUGGAUGCUGUGCAUCAGAAUAUAUUGUUCUUUUGUUAACACAGUUUGUAAUACUAGUCUUUAAGACUACAGCUAUGCUGGUCGAGACAUUGACAGUAAACCAGAUCACCCUUCUAGGAUUUGCACAACUAUGGUUUUUGUAUAUGUAAUGCAAAUGUAUAUGAAUAUUAAAAAAAAAAAAAACAUUUUACCAUA